GAACAUGACAAAAUUAGUUUCAGGACAAAACUAUGAAACGUUUUUGGAUUUAUGCAUUUCUAUUGAUUUUCACAGUCAAAGUGACUUCCUCUCAGUGGGUGUCUGUAGAGGUGAAUCAGUUUGUUGUCCUGCCCUGUGACUUGAGCGGCUGUGCUACAGUUCAAUGGAGUCAAGUUAAUCUCAUAAAGACGACUGUUGCUGGAUGCCAUAACCACAGGUGCUCUGUUGAAGAAAGUUUUCAGGACAGAUUCAGAUUCAUCAAGGAAAACUCCUCUCUGCUUCUCAUCUCUGCAAAAUACAAUGACCAGGGGACCUACAGAUGCACCUGUGGAAACAUCGAAAAUGAUGUGAAACUGGAGGUUCUAGUUUCAGUAAAUGUGUCAGCUGAGGAGUUUGCAAACAUCACCCUGCCGUGUUAUGCCGGUACUCAGACUGAUGUCAAUGACGUCACAUGGCUGCAUAACAACAGUAAAGUUUUACAUUACUUUAAGAAUGGAUCCAUGAGUUUUGGCAAAGGCUAUGAAGGCAGAGUAUCACUGACACGUGAUGGAUUCAGAUAUGGUGAUCUCUCUCUGACUCUUACUGAGGUCCACAAGACAGACGCAGGGUUAUAUCGCUGUUUUGUCCAUGAUGAAACAACUAAAGGAGACCCACACUCCUAUAUGUUACAUGUGAAUGAUAAGAUGGGAAACCCUCGUGUUCAGCACACCAAUCCAGAAGCAAACCAAAACUCUGAGGUCAACCCUCUUCUAAUAGGAGCCAUAAUAAUAAUCAUUUUCCUCAUUGCCAUCAUUGUGAUUCUCUCAGUUGUACUGUAUAAGAGAAGAACCACUAAAUCACCCACAGAUGUCAAUCACCCAUUAACAUCAGUUACAUCCAGUCAACCCAGCGAGCGAAUCAAUGGAUUUUUAAGUUCAUCUUUGUGACAGAUUGCAAUUUUUAGUUUAGUCAACAAUUGCUAAAGCACAGCAAACUCUUUAUUUACUUGUAAUAUUCUCUGAAAAGUGUUUCCCCAAAGCAAGAAAGUCUCUGUAGUGUAGCACUUUAAGAUUAUUGACAUCUAUAUGUAUACCAAAGCCCACAGAGAUAGAGGGGUUAGAGGUGGAACUGGUGAAUAGCUACA